CUGAAUGGUGGGUGAGAAGGUGAGUAUAUAAGGGUUGAGGGGUGAAGGUGCUACUGUAGCUGGAUCCAGCAGCAGUAGCGUUUGGCACUCUGAGCUUUCUCUGAAACAGACUCCACCAAGUACUCAAGAUGUGUGACGACGAUGAGACUACCGCCCUUGUGUGCGACAACGGCUCCGGCCUGGUCAAGGCUGGCUUUGCCGGUGAUGACGCUCCCAGGGCUGUCUUUCCCUCCAUCGUUGGUCGCCCUCGUCACCAGGGUGUCAUGGUGGGUAUGGGUCAGAAGGACUCCUACGUAGGAGACGAGGCUCAGAGCAAGAGGGGUAUCCUGACCCUGAAGUACCCUAUCGAGCACGGUAUCAUUACCAACUGGGACGACAUGGAGAAGAUCUGGCAUCACACCUUCUACAAUGAGCUGAGAGUGGCCCCCGAGGAGCACCCCACCCUGCUGACUGAGGCCCCCCUGAACCCCAAGGCUAACCGUGAGAAGAUGACCCAGAUCAUGUUUGAGACCUUCAACGUCCCCGCCAUGUAUGUGGCCAUCCAGGCUGUGCUGUCCCUGUACGCCUCCGGUCGUACCACUGGUAUUGUGCUGGACUCCGGUGAUGGUGUGACCCACAACGUCCCCAUCUAUGAGGGUUACGCUCUGCCCCACGCCAUCAUGCGCCUGGACCUGGCUGGUCGUGACUUGACCGACUACCUCAUGAAGAUCCUGACUGAGCGUGGCUACUCCUUUGUCACAACCGCCGAGCGUGAGAUCGUGCGUGACAUCAAGGAGAAGCUGUGCUAUGUGGCUCUGGACUUCGAGAACGAGAUGGCCACCGCUGCCUCAUCCUCCUCUCUGGAGAAGAGCUACGAGCUGCCCGACGGUCAGGUCAUCACCAUCGGUAACGAGCGUUUCCGUUGCCCUGAGACCCUGUUCCAGCCAUCCUUCAUUGGUAUGGAGUCUGCCGGUAUUCACGAGACUGCCUACAACAGCAUCAUGAAGUGCGACAUUGACAUCCGUAAGGACCUGUACGCUAACAAUGUGCUGUCUGGUGGUACCACCAUGUACCCUGGUAUUGCUGACCGUAUGCAGAAGGAGAUCACAGCUCUGGCCCCUAGCACCAUGAAGAUCAAGAUCAUUGCCCCACCUGAGAGGAAGUACUCCGUCUGGAUUGGUGGCUCCAUCCUGGCCUCUCUGUCCACCUUCCAGCAGAUGUGGAUCAGCAAGCAGGAGUACGACGAGGCAGGCCCAUCCAUCGUCCACAGGAAGUGCUUCUAAAUGCACAACCCUCCUCUUCCUCAUAUGCAACCUCAUAUGCGUCUGCUUAUUCGGGUGCAAGCAGAGAAACAGCGACACAUUGUUGUCGCAUGGACAGUUUAGGCACGUUAUUUUCAAACGCCUCAGUUACACGGAGGAAAUGCUGCAACUGUGAACCAACACAACCAAAGAAGAACAAAACAUGCCAUGUUUUCUAACAUGUGAAUGUAUAUGUAUAUAAAUUUUAAUUUAUUAAAGUCCAUUAUUUGGUAUUUUU